AUUUACCAUCGAUUGAGAAGUUUGAUCCACACAGUGAUCAGAAUAACAUCGCUACUAGUAACAGCAUACCAUGUGACGCCCUAUAUCCCAGCAGAUCUCAAGCGGCUAAGACACGCACACGCUGUUCUCCAGAUUGACUAAAACUACAAGCACAGUGCCUCACUUAAGCAGAAGGACCAGGCAAUACUCUCAGUAAGUACCAGAAGUGUGUGUUACUGCUAUUAGAAUAGAGUAAAACACUUUAUUUUUCCUCAGAAUAAUUAAGUUAAGGGUUAUUGCAGCUUAAUUGCGAUUAAGACAGAAAUAAGAAUUUUCAAGAAGAAAAUUCCCUGACUGCAUCUUUAUAAUCAAUAUAAUGGCAUCAAUUUUUAAGUUAGCCAGGGUCAAAUUACAUACAUGUAGAUUGAGUAUUUGGGUUUAUUGAAUUAAAGCACUUUCACCUAUUUUGGUGCCUUCCUUUAAACAUAGUUGCUGGGUUGAUUGUUGAAAUGUAUUCUGAAUUUGCCUUUAUUUCAGAUUUACCCCAGCUGCUCCAAACAUUAAAAAAAAUGAGAGAAAAGAGGAACACCGAAAGAAACUCAUUUUUUAUAAACAAGAAAUCCAGAUUUUCAGUGAAAGACAUUGAAGUGAAUGUAAGUAAUGAUUUAAGAAGGUUAAAAGGUAAAUUUUAAAAAAAUCUUGAGGUCUCAGUACUUUUUGAAAAAAUUAAACCAGUCUUCUUUAGGGGAUCUUAUAUACCACAUAACAUUUGGUUAUCUGGAAUUUAAUCUGCCACUACCAUCCAUUCAGGUACUAGACAAAAAAUUGGAUGAGAAAAUAUUUUUAUGUUUCUAAGUUCAUGAUAACUACUUUAUAUCACAAAUGAGAAGCAUAUCUGCCUACAUUUAAUGUCAUCUAAUCCAAUCACUAUGAAAUCUCCCUGAAUGUUCAUUUAUCAAAAUAUUUUAAUCCAACCAAAUAUUUAGUGGUUUAUGGAAAUCGCAUCUAAUGCUAAUAGAAGAAUAAUGUUACUUUUUCACGCAUGUAUUUCAGAUCAGAGUGAGAAUUCUCAUUCCUAAUAAUGGCAGUUUGAAGCCUUUUAGGGGGAAGACCCUGAAAGUGCCUGUAAGGCCAAGCUGGACUACAGAGGAAACUUUGCAGGCCAGUUUGGCCAAACAUAGAGCUCACAAUGGGCAUAAAAUGGAAGAGGGAGAAUACUGCCUGACAUAUGACAGUGGCAAGGUGGUGGAACACCUCCCUGAAGGAAACCCCCUGCCAAGUUCACCAUCCGUGGAUAUAAAGAACAGCUUCAAAAGGACUGGCAGAGGCUGGUCCUAUAUAUUUGUGCUAGGGAGCACCUGGGUAGUAUUGGUUUAACCCUUAUCAGGAUAAUGGGGGCCCAAUGGACUCAAGCUGGUUGAAUACAUGUAGUUCUUCACAGCUGCACAAUAAAGCUGUUCAAUUAUGGGACCUGUAGAGCUAGAACCCUACACAUUUUUAUAAGUAUUGAAACAAGCAGCACUGGCCCAAGUACUACAGUCUGCCUAGUGAUAACAUGAUGUAGUAUCCUCAUAAAUUUAUAAUCAUAUAUCAUGUGACCCAGACGCUUACUAUAAGUGUCCACGUGUAGUGAAAUAAAGUGAAUGCGUAUGUAAGUAAACCUCCACUGCGUUAGCCUUCUCAUUUUGAUAACAAGAAUAUCACAUUGGCGACGAGGUGAAAACAGUAAAAGUGCAAAGAAGCAGAAAUAUUGCCGAGAUUCUACAAAAAAUUGAAGAUUAUGUCGAGGCCGAUAAAUUUACCAUCGAUUGAGAAGUUUGAUCCACACAGUGAUCAGAAUAACAUCGCUACUAGAUGGGAGAGGUGGCUGAAAAGCUUCAAAAUCUUCGCUGUAGCCACUGGUUGCGUAGAUGUAGAGCAAAAGAAACAGCUGUGCCGGCAUCGAAGUUCAAGAAAUCUUCGAUACGCUGGAAAACCCCAAUGACGAACAAGAGGAAAAUGCAAAUGCAUUUGAUGUUGCAGUUGAUCUGCUCAACAAUUAUUUUAGACCAAGAAGAAACAUUUCUUACAAUCAGCAUAUUUUUCGCCAGGCCAGACAGAGCGGCUCGGAAACACUUACUGAGUUCGUAACAAGACUGUGCUCCCUAGCAAGAGAAUGCAAUUUUGAGGUUAAUCAAAUCGAUGAAUUUAUAAAAGAUCAAAUCAUUGACAAUUGUUUCUCUAGAAAACUGAGAACGAAGUUACUAACUGACACGAAUUUGACAUUGGCGCGCGCACUUGACAUAGGAUAAGCCAUGGAGGCAAGCGAAAAACAAGCGGCGAAAAUCUCAGAAAAUGCAGGCGUUAACGCAUUCAAUGUAAAACAGAAGUGCCCUGGGAGUACGGCAGGUCCCUUAGGACGUAGCAAGGACAUCACUGCCCUGCUCAUGGAGCACACCAAGAGGAGAAAAAAUUGGUGGUAAGGUUGUUCAAGACAUUGAGGUUUCAAGCUACAUGAACAAUACGGAAACAACUGAGAAGCCACCUCAGUCAAGAAAGUCUACACUGUACAACCCCAUCAGAUGUCAAAUGCCAUCCCCAGUCCUUCUGUUUAAUGCUGUUGAAUGUGCUCAUCCAAAUUCCAUGAUUUUAGAUUUCGUGACCAGCCAAGUUCAAGACACUCCACUCACUACAACUAAAUAUGGAGUUUCGAUGUGGCAGCCCCAUCAGCUACCAACAACAAAUAUCAUCUGAAUAUUAUUAAUAAUUUUGCAGAUACUAGUUUCCCUCACCUCCCAGUCUGCAAUAAUUCGAUGUAUGUUUAAUGAAGUGUCUCUGUGUCUAUCUAGAACCCAGACUUCUUUCAUCCAUGAGCUUAUGCUGGCCGAAGAUGAUAUCAUAAAGUUUGAGGUACAAACAAGGGCACAAAGAACGACACCUCUAUGGCACAAACUUCGGAAAGGGAGGAUCACUGCUUCAAAUGUUGGCCCCAUAGUUGAGAGAGAAAAAAAAAAGAUGUUAGAAAGUUUAUGGAACACAAUUAUAGCAGCCAUGAAAUCAGUUUACUGGAUUGUUCAUGAGGACAUUGCAAUUUACAAGUUUGAAAGUUGA